UCUAAACAGUAACAAAUAUAAAUGUUAGCAGGUUUUGAUUUCACAACUUUUUAUUAAGCUUUAUUUCAUAGCCAGUUGCUCAGAGAUGAAUGAUAUCCGCCUGAGACAUUGUGAAAAGUCACUGCUUAAUAACAUAAGUAGAGCCAAAGGUCGAUCAAGCCUGAGAUUCCCGAUUCAUUCAAGAAUUAAAAAUGCUUCCUUAAAAGUUGUUUGUCUAAUACAAGCUCAGCUAGGCCAAGUUGCAAUAAAAGAUUAUUCAUUGAAACAAGAAAGUGAGAAAAUAUUACAAUCAGCUUUGCGUAUUUUGAAUGGUUUAACUGGUUUGUUAUGGCUUUAUGACUGUCCAUCGAAUAUGUAUUCUAAAAAUCAUGAACGAAAUUCAGAUAACUCAACAGUCCCCUCAGUUGCAACGAAAUAUCCAUCUAUGUUGAGUGCAUUAGAAUUACGUAAAUCUGUUCAUUUUCGUCGUUGGUUAAAUUAUCCACUUAUAAAUUUAUAUGGUUCAUCUUUACUGACUGAAAUGCAAAUUGAAAAAUUAAUUGAAGCUAAACUUAUAACCUGUAACGCCAUUCAACAGACUGAAUCUAGAAAAUUAGAACAUAUUCUUAAUGAAGCACCACCGUAUGGAAGAAAACUGCUUGAAUAUUUAGAUAGUAUUCCUAAAUAUGAACUAGAAGUAGAACAAAAGUCUGGUUACGACUCAACAAAUAUUGGACUGAUAUUUACCAUUACCCAAAAGAAUAACUGUAGAGAUUGUGCAGUUUUAUUAGUAGGAAGUGCAAAAAAAUAUCUAGUUAGAAAAUGGCUACUUGAAUAUAGAAACUCGGAUGAAACUAGCGUUAUUACAAGACAAUUGGAACUUCCGAAUGAUGAAGCGUUGAACCCAUUAAGUAUAAGCUUGAUUAGUGUAAAUUAUGGAGGUGUGGAUCUCCAUACGAAAUAUCACUUUAUUUCCUUAUCGAAUAAGUAUGAUAGACUAACUUCAACUCCGAACAUAUCAACCAAAGAUUUCAUUCAAAAUGAAUUAUCGAUUGGUUACACAGAAUUGAUCACACAACAACGUCACUCACCAAAAAGAAAUACUGACAACACUAAUGGUAAUAAUAAACUAAAUUUAUGGCCAGAGCCUACUUCAUCAUUCAUAAAUAAUAUAAACAGAUCGAAUGAUAAAAAUAAUAACGAUACCUUUUUGAAUUUAAAACUGCCUUUAACUCCAAUCUUCAAUAAAGCAAAACAAUCAAGUAAGCAAAAUUUGAAAUUAAAGAAAUGUACAAUGAAUAUUCAAACUUUACGAAAUCAAAAAGAAAUACAUUACAAAACACCAUUUACAUUCAGAUGGACGCCGAUAAGUGAUACGAAUGAACAACAGUCACCUAAAACUCCCUUAUUACAAACAUCUAUACUUGAUUAUGUGCGGAGUAAAUGUAAGGAUUCAAGAUUAACUCUUUCAACAUACAAACAGACAACGAAAGUAAAGAAUUAUUCUAUAUCAGAAUCAUCUGAUAAUGAUGAACCUUCAAUUCAAAAAAUAAGUCGUAAACGAUUUAAAUGGGAUCCAGAGGAUAAAAUUGCAAUGGAUAUAGAUUUGAGUCAGAGUUCAACGUUCACCCUUACACCUGUAUUAGAUGGAUGCAGUUAUACAAAAGAAACACCAGCAAUUCCUUAUAUAUUAUUAAAAGAUAAUACACCUGAUUUAUCCUCCAUACAAAGAUCAUUUAUUAACCACGAUCUCCUUUGUGCGUCAUGUCCACCUAUAUGUGAUGGAUCUUCGAAAUUAGGAUACUUAUCUAAGAAUUCAGUAAACUUAGAAUCAGUGCAAAAUCAAAACUCAUCAUUAUAUUCGAAUAUCAAACAGGAAACUGAAUUAAGAUCUGAUUGUUCGAUCAAAUCCGACUGCCUAAAUAAUAACUACAACAUAAAUCACAUGCAUGACGAGGAAUCAGUUAAAUACGACAACGAUCAAAUUUCAACACCGAUAAAAAUGGUGCAAUACAGGCCUGAUUGUACAACGAAAGCAAAAUUCAACGAACAUGAUACAGUUGUAUUAACUGAUCUAUCAAAAUCUAAUUUUCCACUUCAACCGUAUACGGUAGAUAUUGCAAACUGUACUCCUCAUCGAAAAGAAAAUUCUACUACUGUUAUGACAGAAAUAGAAUCAAAUUUUGGCAAUACUGGAAAUUCAACUCUUGAAAUUUUGGAAUUAAAUGAAAAAAGUUUUAAUAAACCUAAAGAUUUGAAAGUUUUAAAAUCAGUUCAAAAUAAUCAAUCUAGAAAGAUGAAUGAAUGUACACUACAAUUACAAAAGAAAAUAACAUGGUCAAAAGAUAUCACUGUCAACAAUGCGAUUCAGAAAAAACAGAAAAACCAAUGGAAAAAUGAAAAUGAUCAAUUAUUAUACGAAUUAGAAAAAUCAUUUUCGGUUGAUUAUCAACUAAUUAACGACGGAUGGUGUGAAUUGGCAUGUUUAAUCAAAUUUUCUGAAUUAGGUCUACUUCACGAACAAAUAAAGCCUAACUCCAUAUCCACAGGGACAGCAACUCCUCAACCUUCUUGCUCCGAAAUGCAACUCCAAUAUGAAAAGGAUAAAGAGGAAAAGCGAGUGUACAAUACAAACAUACCGAACAGUGCACCAACUACAUUAGCUCUUAAACAAACUGGAAUUGGAAUAUUGGAUUUAUCUCUAACUCCUGAUUCAUACAUUAAAGAAGAAUGAUUUACAUAAGACAACUCUAUUAUUAUUGUUAAUAUUAUUAUUAUUCAUGUACAUACAUUGUUACAAAAAUUAUUAAAUAAUGAUAAGAGAUACUGUGACAUUUUGUUAUUGACUG